CUGGCUUUGGCCCUAACCAGACGGCAUUAUGCGCCUUCAGAACUGCGUACCACCGCUAGAUACUGAGGUGGUGCAAGCGCUAUGCUCGGUCGGUGUUAAAACAGACUCCGACCUCCUGCUGGCCGGCGAACCCAUGGACGUUUUCGCCAAACUCGCCCCUGGACACGGCAUCGGCCUGAAGACCUUCAAUGAGAUAGUCGCGCAAGUGGCCCAACUAGCUGCCGCCGUUCCCGUCUAUGCGGAUAAAGCUUUCCAACUAGAAACCAAGUUGACAGAGGAAGUCCUCGACGAUGGCGUGCUCUUGGAGCUCCCAGAACUUGACAAUCUUCUUGGCGGGUUCGGACCUCCUCGUGUGAUCGAGUUCUCCGGCGAUACAGGCUCUGGAAAAACGGCAUUGGCUCUUCAUAUGGCAAUCCGGCAUUUAUCCUUUGUUGAUGAUUCUACAGUACUCUGGAUAGAUAGCAGCGGAGAAUUCUCUGCAGAACGCGUGUCCACCAUCAUUCCACGUAUGGAAGGCCCUUACUCUGCCACGGCACUUCAACGACUACAAGUCUCGCUUGCAUUUGACAUUGAAGCCGUGCAUGGAGUCCUCGAAUCCCUUCGUCAGUCCAUAUCCACUGCACACAACGAGGGAUACAAAGUACCUCGUCUCGUCAUCAUAGACACUAUCGCGUCUCUUCUGGGUCCCAUGUUGAGCGCGACGUCAUCCCAAGGUCAUGCCGUCAUGACGACCUUCAUGCGCCAACUACGUGCUUUGGCAGAGCUGUCUCCCCUCACUGUGAUCGUUAUAAACUCAUCAACAAGACUAGAGCCGCGAAAUCCUGAGUCCAGGAAUUCGGAGGCGGUGUUCGAGAUGAGACGGAAGCCUACGUUGGGGCCGUCGUUCACCUUCUUGACCGACGCAACGCUCUGGCUAUCGCGACGGGACCCGGACGCCUCUGGCGAGAGCAGAGCAGGAGACGAGUCGACGUUGCACACAGCAGAAGUAUUGCGGUCAAGAAUUACCCGUUCAAAGACUUGGGCUUGUUUCAGAAUCAGGAAUGGACUGGUCGUUGAAGCGUGAUUGUGUACUAGAAAUCGCGUGUGAAUUCCACCGUAUUUUCUGGUGCUUCAUGUUUCUAUGGUUUCAACCUCGGUGGUAAAUGCUCGGCAGCAGUUGCUGACAUUAGGUGGAACGUGAAUCAGAUUCACAUUCGGGGCCUAACAAAUCUCAUCAGUCUGAUCAAAAUAGCAGCACUCAGUGUAUAG